AGAGCCUGGAGCUGAAGGACAUCUUCAUCGCCGUCAAGACCACGAGGAAGUACCACAGGAGCCGGCUGGACUUGCUCCUCCAGACCUGGAUCUCGCAGGCGAGGGGGCAGACGUUUAUAUUCACGGACUGGGAGGAUCGGGAGCUGCGCCUGAAAGCCGGGGAUCAUAUGAUCAACACCAACUGUUCUGCUGUCCAUACCAGGCAAGCUCUCUGCUGCAAGAUGUCUGUGGAAUAUGAUAAAUUCCUGGAAUCUGGGCAAAAAUGGUUUUGCCACGUGGAUGAUGACAACUAUGUGAACCCCCGGACUCUCCUGCAUCUCCUGUCUGCCUUCUCGCACAGCCAGGACGUCUACGUGGGACGGCCAAGUCUGGACCAUCCCAUUGAGGCAGCUGACCAUGUCCAGAGCGAUGGAUCAAAGACAACCGUGAAAUUCUGGUUUGCCACAGGUGGAGCAGGGUUCUGUAUCAGCAGAGGUCUUGCCCUGAAGAUGAGUCCCUGGGCCAGCCUGGGUAACUUCAUCAGUACUGCAGAAAGAGUGCGUCUCCCUGAUGACUGCACUAUUGGCUACAUCAUAGAAGGGCUGCUGGAGGUGAAGCUGCUGCACAGCCCACUCUUCCAUUCCCAUCUGGAAAAUCUGCAGAGGCUACAAGGAGAGUCUGUUCUGCAGCAGGUAACCCUAAGUUACGGGGACCCUGAGAACAAACACAACGUUGUGAGUGUGGGAGGAGUGUUUGGCCUUCAGCAAGAUCCAACCCGAUUUAAAUCUGUCCAUUGUCUACUCUACCCUGACACUAUUUGGUGCCCUGCUAAGAAGAUGUCAUAAUUCUUGACCAGUCGUUGACAUCCGUGUCUUACCUAGUUUGCAUAAGACAAGAAUGGUGGUGGACUUUUUUGGUGGCUUUUUUUUUCAAUGUUAUUCUGGGAGACAGCCAGAGGUAUCUGCAAAGGAGGUAGACAGACUCUAUUUACAAAAGCAAGGAGGUGUGGUUUGUUCAGCUGCAGCCUGAAGAAUCCUUGCUCUUUUGUCCCGUGGCUCUUUGUAUAAUGACUAUGGUCAUAUGUGUACAGGCCACUUUACACUUUUGUCAUAUGAAUCUGUCCUUGGACACAUCCUAGGUGAACCCGUACUUGGAAUGACAGCAUUCCUACUACUGCUGGGGGCUUCUAGAGCCAUCACCUUGAAGCUGGAGUGCUAUAGCAGACUGUAGUCCCCAUGGUGACAAGAGAGGGGAAGUUUUCACUUGUCUGUCUUGGGAACAGAAUUAUUUAAGAGCUUCUGUGGUUUGCUGUAUUAAAACUCCAGCCGUGGGCCAGAACAGUGUCUGUUCACAAACACCAGUAAUCCUGGAAUUGCUAGGGUGAUUGUCAUGGGAAACCCCUGUGUCCUUAGGGGUAAGCUUACUGGGGACUGGGUAAGAGCUGCUUGCCGCCCGCGGUCCCUGUGUGCCUCCCGUGGAGGCGGUGCCAGCCUUGGCUCUUACCAGCUGAGCUGCAGUGUGCCUGGUGAGGAUGGUGCUCGGCCAGGUCCAUGGCUGUUUCCUUGACAGUUGAUACUGAAGAAAUGUUUGCCAGACGAGAUGGCAGUCACUUCUGCUUUGCCCACAGCAGCCUGGAUGAGCUGGAGCUGGCUGAUGGAACGUGCCCUGUUUCUGCAGCUGUGCUGUACCUCUUGCUGUGCCAGGUGGCUGUAAUGCCUGAGGAAGGUUGUGACGGUAUCGCGUGAGGACCUUUAAUUGUACGGCUCUGGUUACUCCACUUCAGCUUCUUCAGAUAAUCUUUUGAUUACCUUAAAGUUUAGAUCAGUGGGUUUUUUUACCCUGCUUCUUAAUGUUUCAGUAAAUAGUUCAGGCAGUCACUGAAAGGAGACUGCACACUCACACGAGGGCAGAAAUUCAUUGCUGUAGCAGUAUUGCCUGCUGCUGCUUUUUAAAUAAAGUAAGCUCUAUUUUGAAAAUGGAAGAAAGGGGCCUCCAGACUUUUUUGUUAGCCCGAUCUCUGGCCAUGUGCAAUCCCUGCCUGACGUGAAGGAUGGCAUAAAAAAUGACUUUGCAAAACCACUGUUUACUCACACAAACUCUUUAUAAAAUACUUGCUGUUUUAGUGCUACAGUCUGAGGCUGAAUUAAGGGGAGAAUAAUUGAAUGAGAUUGUAUAACCUGGAACUGUGGUUAAUGACUAGAAUGAGGACCUAGCAAGAGUUUCAGAUUUCAGAACAGCUGUGCUGAGCUGUGCUGUGGACUCCAGCAGUUCCCUAACUUCCUUUGAGAGGUGACCCAGCGUAGGGAAAGGCCUGCAGUGUAUUCAGGUGUGAAAUGAGCACUUACCUGGGUACGCUGUCCUCUCAGCAUGGUUUUAAUUAAUUCCACUGAGGACAAACAAGCUGACUGCUGCUUGCUGCAGCCCCGCAGCUCAUUCUUGAGUGUCUCCUUUCCCUCAUGUCUGCUGCGGUGACCAGGAGGUGCAGCAGUGAGGGUGCUGCAGGGAACUGGAUCAAAGUCCAGCCCCACAGUGGCUGUUCUGGAACAGGUACCACUGACAGCCUGUUGGGGAGUUGUAGGUUGUGGUGUGGUCUACCUCUUCACUAGGUCUUCUGCUUGCUAGUACUGAGGUGUCCAGUAGUUUAAUGAUUUGUCAUUAAAAGCUCAGGAGAUUCCUGGGAUCUAUAUAAAUACUUCUUAACACUUGUUAGGUUCUUUUUUCAACCUCCUGUAGCAGUAAGCUGUGAAGCUUCCUGAGGUCUCAGUGAGAUUUUGUCUUCAAACACUGAUUCUGAACUCUUCUGUUGGAGCUCUCCUUCCUCUUCCACUGGUAGCAGCCUCUUGUUAAGAUACCAAAGGCAGCGUGGACUGGGCAGUGAUUAUGUGGCAAACUGCAUUUCAGAAAUGACAACACAUCAUAUGGAUGGCAGUAAAACUGAGUAGCAGAUGUUUCACACUAGUCACCAGUCACCCUAAGCUAGGUGUGCCAAAGGGGCAGCAUGCUCUGAGCUGCAGGGUGUUUAUUAAACUGAAAAAGGACUACAUUCUGCUGCGUGGUGAUACAGAACUGUUCAGUCUGUUCAAGCUUUUUUUUAAGGUUUCUUGCGUGAACAAUACAGUAGCUAUGUGGAUAUAUCGGGAUGCAGCUUUUUACUCAAACUACUGUCUCAUACAUAAAAGUGGUUCUACAAAAUAAAUAUUUAAAUA